GCGGGGCCGACAAAAGAACAGGGUUGAAAAUUCAUUCAGUCUGCUCAAUUGACCUUUUGUCGGUCGGCGAAAAAAUGCGCGCGCGUUUGUUUAGCUGUUCGUAUUAGCGAUUGUGUGGUCCGGCUUGGUGGGAGUCACACUUUUGUCGACGGGGCCCGCCCGCCCUUCCUCCGAGCUGGUUCUACGUUACUUGGCCUGUGUUGCCCUGGUUGCCGUGUUUGACCGAAUUCGAUUGGGAUCGAUCGGUAGCAGUCUCAAGCUUGCGAGUGACCGAUGCGGAACGAUUGGGGUCAUGAAUUUAGCUUUACCGAACGGUCGACGAACAGCUGACCGAUCUAUCGGGUAUUGAUUACCCUAUCAAGAAGCGGAUCAAUCGAGCAGUCUGUCAGUCAGCUGAUUAAUUAAUUCUACUAUCGACAUCCCCUCGAAUGCCGAGUGUUCGCGAAGACUAAGUCAGCUGAUUCGAGCAGAAGCUGCAAUCAACGACCUUGGGACGCGAUUUCGUCUGGAGAGGGGCUUAAAGGAAACCCGAAGAGAUACGUGGGCGCCGAACGAGGGAGCGCAGAUACCAGAGCGUUCAUUCAUACAUACAUACAGAAGUACGAGAGAGAGAGAGAGAGAGAGAGAGAGAGAGAGAGAGAGAGAGAGAGAGAGAGAGAGAGAGAGUUGAAAUAAGCGAAAGUAAGAGGGGGGAAGGGGGGGAGAUAAACAGCUGCCAAUAAAGCUUGCUGUAAUCACAGGCAAGGCGGCAUGUUUAGUCGUUUAAGUGGGUCGUUUGGAGCGGGAUCGCAUCAACCACCUCCACCUCCAUCGCCUUCCCGCCGCGGGGAAUAUCUCCAGCCCGGGGGAGGAGCCCCUUACGGGGUUCCUCCUCCACGCGGAUUACAACCCAGUUACGGGUCGCCGAGAGGCAGUGGGGGUUACUCCAAUCCGUCUGGAGCAAGACCAGCCCAUGCAGGAGCAGCGCCGGGAUACGGACCGGGGCCAGCAGCAGCAGCGGGCUAUCAAUAUGCAGCGUAUGGUGGUAGGUACUCCAGCAGUGGUGGUGAGUACGGCGGAUCGACCCAGUAUGGUGGUCGAGGGAGUUAUGCCAACGGUGCUUAUCCGCAAGGAAUCGAUCCCGAGUACGUGUCGUGGUUCCGUGCCGCAGAUCAAGAUCAGAGUGGACGGGUGGAUGCUAGGGAGCUGCAAGCCGUUCUCAGCCACUCUCCUUACGAGCCGUUUAACAUGAGGACCAUCGAACUCAUGAUGGAGCUGUUUGAUAGACGACGAGUAGGUACUAUAGGUAUGUUCCGCUUUCCUUUUGGUUUUUAACCUGUGCCCUUCCCGACUUCUGACCCCGGUUAUUUACUCCCUGCCCUCCUCCUGCUUACCCUGUCAAUCUUCUACUCCCCAUCUCCUACCCUAUC